GAAUUGUCAGUGUGUCCGUCAUGAGCGGUGAGACCUGCCCUACGGAUGGACUGCUUGGUGGCAGACCCUCGAAGAUGAGAUCACCUGACGUAGGACGGCACUGCAAUCUGUGAUUGGUAUCGGUGGUGCGGCGAUUCUAGGACCGCCAUGGGACUGGGCAGCACCAUCGGCAGCGUCUUCUGCCGGAUUAGACUGUUGCUGUUCAUCGCUGUGUGUGUGAUGAUAGUUGGCUGGGCCAGCUUGUACUUGCGGGACAGCGAGCGUUACGGCCUCAAAUACAGGCAGGCCGGCAAUUUUUGGAAGUGUGCGCCACCUGACAGGAAGGCGGAAUUCGAAACCCUUCCGUCCGCCGUGGAGCAGACCACCAAUGAAGAUCCGGAGGUGAAAGUCUGCCCUGUUCUGUCUCCAUUACUGAAGGGGACCAUACCACUCUCCUUUGAUCCUUCCUUGGAUUUAGAAAAAGUGAAGAAGAAGUACCCCCAAGUGGACAAUGGGCGCUCCCACCCAGAGGGCUGCAGAGCCCAGCAACGCGUUGCCAUUCUCAUCCCACAUCGGAACCGGGAGAAACAUCUCCUCUACCUGCUGGACAACCUCCAUCCCUUCCUCCAGCGGCAGCAGCUGGACUACGCCAUCUACGUCAUUCAUCAGGCCGGCGAAGGGAAAUUCAACAGGGCCAAAUUACUCAAUGUGGGCUACUUGGAAGCCUUGAAAGAAGAGAAAUGGGACUGUUUCAUCUUACACGAUGUGGACCUGGUGCCCGAGAAUGAUUUCAACACCUACCUGUGCGAUACGGAGCCCAAACACCUGGUGGUUGGCCGCAAUGUUACGGGAUACAAGUUGUGGUAUAAAGGGUAUUUCGGAGGUGUGACCGCCAUGAGCAGGAACCAGUUUGCCAAGGUGAACGGCUAUUCCAACAAUUACUGGGGCUGGGGAGGCGAGGACGACGACCUGCGGCUCAGAGUGACUUACGGUAAGAUGACGGUGGUCCGGCCGCCUGCGGAGAUUGCCCGAUACACCAUGGUCUUUCACACCAGGGACUCCGGAAAUGAGGUCAACAACAGGAGGAUGAAGCUGUUGAAGGAAGUGUCCAAGGUCUGGAAGACGGACGGCCUGAAUUCCUGCACCUACAAGCUGCUGUCGGUGGAACACGAACCCCUCUACAUAAACAUCACAGUGGACAUAGGAAGGCCAAAGUAUUAAAUGGACCCCAAUACAUAACUGACAGCUAUAGAGACUGCAGGCCGAGCAGCCGGGACUGACCCGAUGCUGCCGAGCGGAA